GGGUAUUUUCAUUACAGGGUCAAGUAUGCUUGGUGGAGCUGUUAAAGCGCCGAGAAUUAAGACCAAGAAUCUUAUAAGCAUCAUUUUUUGCGAAGUAGUUGCUAUCUACGGUGUGAUUAUGGCCAUUGUUUUCUCUGCAAAACUACAAAACAUUGAUUCAAAAGAUCUGUACACACCGUCAAAUUAUUUUACAGGAUAUGCACUCUUUUGGGCUGGUAUAACUGUAGGAUUUUGUAACUUGUUUUGUGGGAUUGCAGUAGGCAUCACAGGAAGUACAGCUGCGUUGGCUGAUGCACAAGAUCCAACGCUAUUUGUAAAAAUUCUUGUUGUUGAAAUCUUUGGAAGCGUUCUUGGAUUGUUUGGUUUGAUUAUUGGGUUGCUUCAGACUGGCAAAGCUGGUGAAUUUGCUGCCGCUAAGUGA